UACACAGAGAUCACAGAGGCAGGAACCAACUUCUAGAAGCAGCUCAAUCCCCUAAAAAAGGAGAGGCUUUAGCUCCUGCACCACCACUGGAAUGGGAAUGCUGCUUUCUCAGUCCUCUGAGAUGUGAAGACUUGAGGGCCUGCUCUCCCCCAGUUCUGCAUUCACCUCUGAGCUUUUCCCCUCCUCAGAAAGAUGCAAAACCUUCCUCCAAGGGCUGGACUCCUGGUUUUUCUCCUCAGAGAAGCAAACAGGAUCGAGUGAAAGCCAUUCACAGUCUGUCCAAGGAGCUUGAAGAAAAGAUUGACGUGGCAACCAAGAGGCUGAGUGGAGCAAACUGGGUUAGAGAAUCUGCUGACAAAGCUUGGACACAGACACCUCUGGACCUUUACAAUGAGCCUCCUUCUGUCCCAGAACCUGAGAGUUCUAGGAACAAGGAAGACAGCACACUGACUGUACAAAUGCUCCUGGAUGCUGUUGAUCCUGAUGUGCCACGUGUGUCAUCCAACAGGGAAUUUCAUGGACUGGACAGGGUUAGACUUGUGGGCAGCACCGAGGGAGCAACAGCCCCGGACAGACAGAAGGAAAUGCUCAUUCCUUUGCCUGGUGGGAGUGCUGAGAGGGAGGAAUUACCCUGGAUCACUGACAGAGCAGGACAGAGGCACCUCAGCAAUGGGGGAGCCCUGAGCAACACAUUGCAAGGUUUCCCUGUGAAUAAGAGCCCCGAGGUGGACAGGAGCCUGUUGCAUGAAAAGCCAAUAACCAGCCCAGCCUCUCCAGCUCACAGAUUCCUCUCCAGAAGCCCGCGGGGAGGACUCUCGGCGCAGGGGGAUCACUAUCGACGUGAGGCUCUUUCGAAAGUUCAGAACCGAGAGGAAAAGACCAACCAACCUCCUGGAGAGAGCCUGAGGAUCCCAGACAGCCUGAGCUUCCAGCCCUCCGCUGCUCUGAGCACCGGAGCUGAGACCGAUGGCUUUGAGCGGGACUUGGGUAAGGUGGCAUCUCCUGGAGGGUCAGAGCAGGGUGGUCACUCAGUGCCCUCCCAAGGUGGUUCUUAUGCUGUUGCAGUAGAAUGAAUAUUCUAUUCUCCUUCAUUGCAAGAGAAUUCUUCCUAAUGGUCCUGGCUUGGGCUGAAAAAACUUCUG